AUUUAGGGUUCCUUCCAAAAGUCAAAUCCAUCCCUGCUGUUUCUAAAAGGCCAACUCUACUCCUCCCUUCCAUUCAUUCGUUAACUAGACGAAUUGACAUACAAAUAUAAACGUGAAAGGAUUGUCUCUUUCUUCUUCACCAUCAAAGAAUGUUCAUCUCAAAACAGCUUCUUGUUGUUUCUGUCCUUCUACUCUGCCUCGCAAAUUUAGCCUCUGGAGCUGCUAGAUUACCAAAUGAUGAAGUGGAAGCUCUUAAAGAUAUAGGGAAAACACUAGGGAAAACAUGGAAUUUCACUGUUGAUCCAUGUUCAGGGGAUUCAGGAUGGACAACUCCAAAUCCUGUCAAAGGUUUUGAAAAUGCUGUUACCUGCAAUUGUUCCUUCUCCAAUGCCACCAUCUGCCAUGUUGUUAGCAUAAUUGUAAAAGCCCAGAGUCUCCAAGGCACUCUCCCAAGAGAUUUGGACAGGCUUCCCUUCCUGCAAGAAAUUGACUUCACUCGUAACUACCUUAACGGUACAAUUCCUCCAGAAUGGGGUACUAUACAACUGGUCAACAUCUCACUUAUUGGAAACCGGUUAACGGGUCCAAUUCCAAAAGAACUUGGAAACAUCAGUACUCUUGCCAGUUUUACGGCCGAGUACAAUCAACUUUCAGGAGAAUUGCCUCCAGAGCUUGGAGAUUUACGCAGUAUAGAAAGAAUAUUGCUUAGCUCCAAUAAUUUAACUGGGCAGUUGCCUCCCACAUUUGCAAAGAUGGUCACAUUGCAAGACUUCCGAAUAGGUGAUAACCAGUUCACAGGCCAGAUUCCGAAUCUUAUUCAGAAUUGGACCAAUCUAGAAAAACUGGUGAUACAAGGGAGUGGUCUAAGUGGGCCAAUUCCAUCUGGCAUCGGUCUUCUGGGAAAGAUGACUGACCUGAGAAUCAGUGACUUGAGUAAUGGAACUGAAACACCAUUUCCACCAUUGAGUAACAUGAAAAAUCUGAAGACACUGAUAUGUAGGACUUGCAAUAUUGUUGGAGAACUGCCUCAGUAUCUUGGUGGAAUGACCAAAUUGAAAGUCUUAGACCUCAGCUUUAACAAACUAACUGGAGAAAUUCCAAGCAGCUUUUCUGGUUUAGCAAACACGGAUUACAUAUACUUUACUGGAAAUCGACUGACUGGAAAAGUGCCUGACUGGAUGCUAAGAAAAGGAGAGAACAUUGAUCUUUCCUAUAAUAAUUUAACAUUUCAAAGCUCAUGUCAGCAAGGGAGCAUAAACUUGUUUGGAAGCUCAUCAAUGGCAAAUGUGUCCGCAACUGUUUCUUGCUUAAGAAGCUACCGUUGUCCAAAAAAUUUCUAUUCCUUCCAUAUAAACUGUGGAGGGAAGGAAGCUAUUAUCAGUGGAAAAACAUAUGAAGAUGAUAUAGACUCAGGUGGACCAUCAAAAUUCUACCAGAGUAGAACUAACUGGGCAUUUAGCAGCACUGGACAUUUCUUAGACGACGACCGACAACCAGAUUCAUACAUUUGGACAAACACAACUAAACUCUAUGCAGGCACUUCUGCACUAUACAUGGAUGCUCGCCUCUCUCCAAUUUCAUUAACUUAUUAUGGUUUCUGCAUGGGAAAUGGAAAUUACACAGUCAGCCUCCACUUUGCAGAGAUAAUGUUUACUAAUGAUAGCACGUAUAGCAGCCUUGGUAGGCGCAUAUUUGAUAUAUAUAUUCAGGGAGAACUUGUAAAGAAGGAUUUCAAUAUUGCAGAGGAAGCAGGUGGUGCUGGCAAGGCAAUAAUAAAAAGUUUUGCAGCCAUUGUGAUAAAUCAUACAUUGGAGAUACGCUUUUAUUGGAAUGGAAAAGGGACGACUGGUAUCCCUGUUAGGGGAGUGUAUGGUCCUCUUAUAUCUGCCAUUUCUGUCACCUCAGAUUUUGUACCUCCUUCAGAAAACAAUAAAAGAAUAUCUAUAGGAACUGUGAUUGGAAUUGUGGCUACUGCAAUUGCUGUAAUCUUCUUUAUUUUGGGUGUCCUUUGGUGGAAAGGCUGUCUAGGACGUAAAGAUAUACUGGAUCAAGACUUGAGGGGCCUAGAAUUACAAACAGGUUCUUUUACAUUGAAGCAAAUUAAAGCUGCUACAAACAACUUCGAUCCUGACAAUAAAAUUGGAGAAGGAGGUUUUGGUUCUGUUUACAAGGGCCUUCUUUCAGAUGGUACCGCGAUUGCUGUGAAGCAGCUUUCCUCCAAAUCUAAGCAAGGAAACCGUGAAUUUAUAACUGAGAUUGGCAUGAUUUCUGCUUUGCAACACCCUCAUCUUGUAAAGCUCUACGGAUGUUGUAUUGAUGGAAAUCAAUUGUUUCUAUUAUACGAGUAUAUGGAAAAUAACAGCCUAGCUCGUGCUUUGUUUGGUCCUGAAGAAUGCCAGUUGAACUUGGACUGGCCAACUAGACACAAGAUCUGUGUUGGAAUAGCAAGAGGUUUGGCUUUUCUCCAUGAGGAAUCGAGAUUGAAGAUUGUGCACAGAGACAUCAAGGCCACUAAUGUGCUACUUGAUAAGAAUUUAGAUCCCAAGAUAUCUGAUUUUGGUCUGGCCAAACUUGACGAAGAAGAAAACACCCACAUAAGCACUCGAGUUGCCGGAACCUUUGGAUAUAUGGCACCUGAAUAUGCAAUGCGAGGUCAUUUAACUGAUAAAGCAGAUGUCUAUAGUUUUGGAAUUGUCGCCUUGGAAAUUGUUAGUGGAAGAAGCAACACUAGUUUAAGACAGAACAUGAAGGAGGAUUGUUUUUAUCUUCUUGAUUGGGCACUUGUUUUAAAAGAGAAAGGGAGUCUACUGGAACUAGUGGAUCCAAGGAUGGGAACCAACUACGACAAAAACCAGGUGAUGACAAUGAUCAAUGUGGCCCUUCAAUGCGCUAGUGUCUCUUCAGUAGCCAGGCCUGCAAUGUCUUCAGUUGUAAGCAUACUCGAAGGAAAGACUACUGUUCAAGAUUUGGUUUUGGAUGACUCGAAUGUUUCGCAUGAUGAGAAGAAGAUUGAGGCAAUGAGGAAACACUUCCAACACACCAUUGAAAGCCAGACAAGUGAAAGUCAGACCCAAAGUAUGUCACUUGACGGGCCCUGGACUGGUUCUUCUUCGUCUGCUGGGGAUCUUUAUCCUAUCACUUUAGAUUCUAACUACUGGGAGAGUAGGAAGUAGAUAAACAACUACAAUUAUAAACAUGCAUGUAUACAGGUCUUCAAGCUUGAAAACUUGAACACCAAUUGUAUUUCCUUUUAUCUUUUUCCAUACGUUGUUCUGUGGCUAUUGCAUUAAUUGUGACAAAAGGAUUUACUAUGAGCAUUUGAAAUGUGUUAAAUAAUUCCUUGCC